AUGAGUCCAGACAUUCAAAUGUUUCAACAUGGAUUUUUCCCUGCAUCAUUCAACAAACCGAAGACUGCGUUCACCUUCAGAGUGCUCAACAAUUUUCUAUUGGACAACCUAGAAUGCUGCACCUCCACGAUGAACUAUUACAGCAAGCUCCAGCGACAUUAUAUUAACAAGGCACUUGGCAAGGACCGAUACAGAGAGCUCAUGAGAGUCGCUCGACAGUGGAGGCAGUUGAAGACCAUGAAAUGGCAUGGCUUUGGCCAUCGUUCCAAUGCCCUGAAUGCCAAAGAUCUCGCAUUGUUUUGCCCAACAUGUCCUCAGCCUAGGAUCAACAUAUCCUUGUCAGGGAAUGAAACACUUGAUGAGCUGCUGACACUUUGGAAACAUCUAGCUGCAACAAUCACCUGGGCGAUAAAUCAAGCAAAUGUGGCUCGGCACAAGCUAGAGUCGACCGGUAUCGGGGGAGUUGCUUGUGCCUGCCACGGCUGCUUUGUCCCUCAUGUGAUGGUCGAUUUUCAGAAAGGACGAAAGGCAAGCCGAACAUGA